GGUUCGGUCCGACUCGACAGCCGAGGAGGGGGGCACUGUUGUCAUUCGUCAGGGCUGUGUGUCGAGCUUUUGUCCAGGAGAAAUGGCUGGGAUUAAAGCUCUCAUCAGCCUGUCCUUUGGAGGGGCCAUUGGCCUCAUGUUCCUCAUGCUCGGAUGUGCCCUCCCUGUGUACGACAAAUACUGGCCUUUGUUCCUCCUCUUCUUUUACAUCCUCUCUCCCAUCCCUUACUGCAUCUCGCGGAGGGUGGUCGACGACACAGACUCGGCCAGUAACGCCUGCAAAGAGCUGGCCAUCUUCCUCACGACGGGCAUCGUCAUUUCAGCCUUCGGCCUGCCCAUCGUCUUCGCAAGAGCUGAUGUAAUCGCCUGGGGGGCGUGUGCGCUCGUGCUAACGGGUAACGUAGUCAUCUUCGGGACCAUCCUGGGCUUCUUCCUGGUCUUUGGAUCCAACGACGACUUCAGUUGGCAGCAGUGGUAAAACAGCAGAGAGGGGGACCUUAGUCUGAACUGUUUUUAUUAGCGUUACAAUUAUUAUUAUUAUGGUAUUACUGUUUGGUUCUUGUUGUUGUUAUUUAUAUGAUGUCCGCCCAUCCAUAGACUCACACCAAACCAGUGCAAUACUUUCUUUUUUCUUUUUCUUUUUUUUACCGCCUGCAUUAUGUUGAACUGACACAAGUGGGAUGGAAAAUGCUGACUUUCAGUUGGAUUUUUUUGUGAGUUUUCUCCGUUUGCGUGUCCACUUUCAUUUUGAGCCUGAACAACUGCUAAUGAUAUCUCUGAAAUUUUGCGAGAAAAGAAUCAAAUUUAAUGUCGAAUAAGACUUAUUCUGACCAAACUAGCAGGGCCCUACCUGUGUGGGCUAUUUUCUCUAUUUAGUAGACACUCUAGAAGCUCUGGAAGAAGCUUUCUCUCUACUCAGAGCACAGAUGGGUGCGUUUCCAGUCUAAGUGCUGAGUGGAGUGCAAAUCAGCAGAAAACUGAUGGAAAAUCUGCACAGCACAAGCUUAGAUUUCACCACUCACAAUGAGAAAAAGCUCUAUUUCCAUUUGACAUGGGUCUUAUUGAUUGAAACUGUGUCCAUUUUUUAUGUUUGUCACAGUGAAAGGUGAAAAUUCAGCUUAUUGAAUGCAGAUUUUUAAAAAAUGUUUUCUGCUAUGUAAUGCUACCAUUGCUAAGCUGUGAAAGUGAGCAAGUCUAAGAUGAGAGUGUGUUUGCGAUGGAGAACGGGGCUGUUACUGCCACCAACCCUUCUCAUCGAUCUAACCCUGCUACAUGUCCAAAUGUGAUUUAAAUCAGCUGUCCUUCCAGUAUGUUCUUUCUGUUUUGGGACCAUGUUAGAAAUAAGGGUUUCCGCUUCAACAUGUUAUCCCUUGGAUUUUGUUUUAUGUCUGAAAUCCAUAAAAAUCACGCAGUAUGUCAUCACACUGAGGAGACGAUGUUCAGGAGCAGCAGAAUGCGAGUGUUUAUUUCCUCUUUGAAGUGAGAGGAGAGGAUCCGUUCAGACGCCCUCACCAUCACUGCAGAGAUCAAAUUAAACUGACUUGAUUUCCCAGGUGCCAACUGGAUGCAGGCUGCUUACUCACCAUGUUGUUUUGCACAUAAUAGCUCGUACCUCACUCUCAGUAUGGGAAAGUCAGGUCAAGAAAGCAUGAAAAGCCUGUUGUAGCCAUCAGCUAGCGUAGGAUUAGCUUGAGGACAGCAGCCUUGUUGGAAACUCAGCCAGGCUAAGAACUGGGCUGCUUCUAAUCAAGGCCUGGUCAGUCACUAACAGCCCUUAAGCUUUAAAUGUGACUCCUUCAGAAUAAAAGAAUCCAGCAGCUCCGUGUUAAUCUCGUAUUGCUCUCUUGAAGCACAUUGGGUCUAGAUUUGGCGCGCAUGCCGUCACAUUUCCUCACACCAGCAUUUCAUGAUAUAACAACAGUCAUGUUUUAUCAUUUCUUUUUGACGUGUUUCCGCGUCCGUCGGCCCGUGCGAAGGAAAUUUAUACAUCGGCUCGUGUAAUCUGUCGGCAGCUUUGGGAUCAGCACAGCCUGCAGUCAGUCAGGUGCCGCUCUCCUGUUAGCUGUUUAACUGCAUUAGUGGAGGCUAAACAAGGAGCUCAGCAUCUGCUGCCUUGGUGAAGCAACAGCGUGUUAAAUGGAGGGUUGAUCGCCAAACAUUUCCUCUUUAGAUUUGAUUUUUUUGUGGAUGGUUCAGUUUGAAUAUGUGCUCUCUGGAAGAUAAAAAAAGUUGUUUUUAUUGAUACUGAAGUACGAUAAAUUGUUUUAGUUGUAUCCCAUAAUUUUGAAGACUUAGUUAUUACAUGUUUCAGGCCACCUGAGAAGAUACUUUAUAGAUUUCCAGUGACAGUCUUUGCCAUUGAGGCAGAUGCGGCCCACCCAGAGCCUGGUUCUGCUCGAGGUUUCUGACUGUUCAAAGGAAGUUUCUCCUCGCCGCUGUCGGCAGGCGGUUGCUCAUGGGGGAAUUGUUGGAUCUGUAGAUUAAAGAGCACAGUCUUGACCUGCUCUUUAUGCAAAGUGUCCUGUUGUGAUUUGGUAUAUACAUAAAAUAAUGUGUACAAUUUCUAAAGAAUGAACCACAGUUCUUAAAGCAUUUUCUACAUAAACUAAAAACACUUUGGGAAGAGAAAAGCUGGAAAUCUGCCUCAGGAAGCUGUGGCUAAAAUCACUAACAGACAUCUGGGUUUAAGCACUACUACAAAUGAACGCUUCACACUUCCAGAGAUCACAGCCUCAGUGAAGACACUGAUUGUAUUAAAAGCACCAGAACGAUGGCAGCUUUUUGGUUUCAGUUAAAAAUGUGUUUGAGUUUAUUGAAAACUACUGACAUGAUUUGUGCAUAUUAAUAUGUGACACCACUAACUGAACAUGCUCUGCACAGUAGAUUUACCCACUGGUGGUGGUCUGAAGCCAGUGUGUGGUUGGACGAGCAGGGUAACUCCAUGUUGUGUUCCUGACACUGUAUCCAAUUUAAGCUCAGUUUGUCAAAUGUUCUCAGACUUCCUGUUUUGUAGUCUGACGUUAACUCCCCGAUGUGACAGAAUCUGGUGUGUAGACGGGUCUCUCUGUGUUUCUGUCUUAAGACAGGUGUUACGCUUUGUUUCUCACAGAUUUGGGAGGAUGUUGUAUUUAUUUAUUUCAUCGGAUGCUUUGUGUCAAUGUCCAACGCCAUUUUCUAUCUGCAACUUUUGUGUUCAAGAGGCAGAAGUCAGCAUGGUGGUUUUCUUUUUUUUAAUAAAGGCCAUUUUUGAACAUCC